GAGAGGGGGGCAAGGUUGAAAAAGACUGACUCUUUGGAGCCGCAAGCAGAUGUGAUGGACCCUGUGUACAGAAAGUGACAAGAUCUGUCUGCAAGGCAACAGGGAACACCCACACCAUGCUGGCAUGCUGAGCUUCCGGACACAACAAACCAUUAAGGAAACUAACUCUUCUGCAGAAAAAACUACUUUUUAUUUAUUUUUUUUAAAUACAUUUUUCAAUUGGAUGUUUGCAAAUAUUCAAGAGCAGAACCUUGCGGGGCCUCAACUGACCUGGGACUGUGCAACAAGUUUGGCCACUGCCAAUGAAGGUGUCGGAUGUCUGGAGGGGGAUUCUAGCAAUUGACCUCUCAUAAUUGACACAAAGGACACAGAGAGUGAGAGAGAGAGCAGGGGAGAAGCGAGGGACCCGGUGAGAGAGAGACCGAGAGAGAGAGAGAGAGAGAGAGAGAGAGAGUGACAGAAGCCAAGUCUCAGGCCGGCUUUUUGUACUUGUGAUGCAUUUAGUCUAGGAGACGCUUGAAUCAUCUCUGCCCGGACGGUGCGGGAUUAGAAGCGGGGAGCGGGGAAUCCUAAAUCACCCGACAGGUGAUCAGUGUCAGACGAGCCCAGUUGCCAUGAUGCUCCCUGUGGUGGCCGUGCCGGUUCUGGUCCUGGUUUUGGUGUCGGGGUGUCGGGCGCAGGAGUUCCAGAGCAGCGACGAAGGCCCGGAGCAGGAGUUCCUGUACGCCGGCCGGAGCAAGCGGACGGCCGACCCCCCGCAGGCGGACAAGUGCUCCUACACCUUCGUCGUGCCUCAGCAGAAGGUGACGGGGGCCAUUUGCGUGAACUCCAAGGAGCCGGACGCUUUGCUGGAGAACCGGGUCAACAAGCAGGAGCUGGAGCUGCUGAACGGGGAGCUGCUGAAGCAGAAGCGGCAGAUCGAGACGCUCCAGCAGCUGGUGGAGGUGGACGGGGGCAUUGUCAAUGAGGUCAAGCUCCUGCGCAAGGAGAGCCGCAACAUGAACUCGCGCGUGACGCAGCUCUACAUGCAGCUGCUGCACGAGAUCAUCCGCAAGCGCGACAACGCGCUGGAGCUCUCGCAGCUGGAGAACCGCAUCCUCAACCACACCUCCGAGAUGCUGCAGCUCACCAACCGCUACAAGGACCUGGAGCACAAGUACCAGCACCUGGCCUCGCUGGCCAGCAACCAGUCGGUCCUCAUCUCGCAGCUGGAGGAACACUGCCAGAGGUCGCCGCCCGUGGUGGUCCGGCCCGCCCCCCAGCCGCCUCCGGCCUCCCCGCCCGUGGUGGUCCGGCCCUACCACCCUCCCACCUUCACCCGCCUCACCAAUCAGAUCACCAACGAGAUCCAGAGCGACCAGAACCACAAGGCCCUUCCGCCUCCACUUCCAACCAUGCCCAGUGGCACGCACAGUCCCUCCACCUCGGACAAGCCCUCUGGGCCAUUUAAGGACUGCCUGCAGGCGCUGGACGAGGGUCACGGGACCAGCGGGAUGUACCUGGUGAAGCCGGAGAACGCCAACCGGCUGAUGCAGGCGUGGUGUGACCAGAGGCACGACCCCGGCGGCUGGACCGUCAUCCAGAGGAGGCAGGACGGAUCCGUCAACUUCUUCAGGAACUGGGAGACGUACAAGCAAGGAUUUGGCAACAUCGACGGUGAGUAUUGGCUGGGCCUGGACAACAUCUACUGGCUGACCAAUCAGGGGAACUACAAGCUGCUGGUGACGCUGGAGGACUGGUCUGGCAGGAAGGUGUUUGCAGAGUAUGCGAGCUUCAGGAUCGAGUCCGAGGCGGAGUUCUACAAGCUGAGAGUGGGCCGUUACCACGGCAAUGCGGGCGACUCCCUCACCUGGCACAACGGGAAGCAGUUCACCACACUGGACAGGGAUCACGACGUGUACACAGGUAACUGUGCUCAUUACCAGAAAGGUGGUUGGUGGUACAACGCCUGCGCCCACUCCAACCUGAACGGCGUGUGGUACCGCGGCGGGCACUACCGCAGCCGCUAUCAGGACGGGGUCUACUGGGCCGAGUUCAGGGGCGGGGCCUACUCCCUAAAGAAGGUGGUCAUGAUGAUCCGGCCCAACCCCAACACCUUUCAUUAAAAACCGCCACGCAAGAGACAACAAUGAAAGGCCUCAGUUUUACCCUGGCCUUUUCCACUCUGUUGACUUGUGAAAAAGUGCAAUCCAUAGCAUUUUUGAGCUUUCCAUUGUCGCUUUUUAUUCCCACGUUUUGUUCUAGUCAUUUAUUUUUUUUUGCCCGCAUGUAAAUGUAGAUACUGUGGCGUGAAAGUGCAAUCACCUCGCUGGGGGUUACAAAGACAAGCACAUUCUCCCGGCUUUAGCGCCCUCUAGCAGGAUACCAAGGACAUCUCAGAAAAGAGACUCCUGCACGGGAGAUGUUUUUGGAUUGGCUUCAGUGCAACGCUUCACACUCUUCCACAGCUGAGGGUUUUUUCUUUGCGGGUUUAUUUUUUACACCGAUUUUCUGCUGGGUCCCCCUGGAGUACGAUAUUUGUUUUAUGAAUGAAUGCAAAAAUGAAGACGUUCGUCUACAACGUUUCCCUCUAUAAAUCUUAAAAAUGUGUGGAAAUCAGAAAUGCUUGAGGCAUCAAGAGUUUUUACCUGGUUAUAACAAGAAGCAAACAGCAUGCUUUACCCCCAAAACAAUAUAGAGCACAGCUUCGCAGUACCACAGUUCUGAGCCAGCAGCGUAGGUUUGUAAAAUAUCGUGAUGUGUACAAUAUCGCUUUACAUAAUUCUUUGGAAAAAUAAAAAAUAAAAGAAUGACACAGGAAGGUGUAUCCAGUGAAGUUUAGUAAGUUAGUUUCUUCUGCUAAAUGGAAAUAGUUCUGCUCAUCUGGAAGAUUUGACUAUUUAUUUGGAGGCAACUAGUGAUUCUAAUGGUUUCUGAAACACAUCCUGAUAUAUAAGCAUCUAUUAGACUAGCCACUAACUUACAGAACUACAUUAUUCAGUAGAUGAGAAGAGUUCAGUCCGGUCUGCUCUGUAGAACUCACUUCGGGUAGCUCCUGGAAUGGGGUUAGGGGUUAAGCAGUUAUGCUAUAUGUAUUUAUUUCUGCUGCUGAAGGCCUAUAUCUUGGAAAAUGAUCUUCAAUGGCUGAUGGCAUGACAGGUUAAAUAGCAAUCCAAAGAUCUGUCUCUGUAAAAAUGCUGCACAACCAAGCUGAUUAUGUCCUUGGCAAAAUAAUUUUGCUGAGAAAUACUAACGUUACAUAGCAGCACAGGAUAUUUUUUAAAUAGUGGGCUAAGCCAAGAUCUAUAUAAAGAAAGAACAGGGCAAGUCUUUUCAAACGAUAAUACAGUAUGCAAAUAUUUCAUUGGUUUGGUUUCUUUGGUUGUGGAAACUGACCAACUGACUUUAUGUAUCAUCAGCAAAAAUGUCAAAUAUUAAUCCUGAUGGUCUUCCGUAGGCACUAGCGGACCUCUUUUGAAGCAUUAAAACCUCAUGAUAAAGGGUCAACACCCUCUCAAGUGGAAUCCAACCCUGGCACCCAGUCUUAGCAUGUAUCACUCACAGUGAUGCAUUGUAUGUACUGUAUAAAUUAAAGUGUUGGUAUGUGGAGAUCCAACAUGUCUUUUGUUUGUACAUAAAAGUCAUGUCGAUAAAGUAUUUUGUAAUAUAAUGUAUCAAACCUCCCAUGUAUCACCAGACUGUUGCAAUAAACUAUGUACAGCUAUA